AUGACUUUUGUAAAGACUGAGCCAGGAACUACCGUCGAACAACCUUUGGAAGCAUCUCAUGUUGUUCAACAAUCAGGUAAAAAAAAUAGCCGCCAAGAUGGUGCGAAUGUCUUGUAUGAUAAGACCAACAAGAGUCAGAGUAAACAGUACUUACAGAACUAUAUCUUGAAUACCAAUAAACCAUUGAAGGAUCAUAUGGCAAAUGAACCUCCUAUUAAGAGAGAAAUAAUGUCGAUGAAAACUAGUAAUGAAAAUGAAGAAGAAAUUGUCCAGACUAAGAGGACAGAUUCUCAUGUCAAUAAGAAGUUCAAGAAAAAUGAAAGUGAUGAUCUGUCACCUCCCGUAACGAAUCCUACAAAUUAUAAAGAAAUGGGGACUUAUCUCUUCGAGAAAUGUCCCGAGGAAGACUUAGUGUCCAGUAGUAAUAUGCUAAAUGAAUUAUUUGAUAAUAUAUCUAAUCAAGAAGAAUUAGCAGUUUAUAAGAAUUUUGCAAGCAUGUCAAUAAUGAGUUGGAUUCAAACAACCGAUUCAAUGCUUUCAAAAUUUAAAAAAGUUCUAUUAAAAUUGAUUAAAUUAAGACUAAAAUUAAGUUACAAUUUUAGAAUAAUCACUGAUAUGAUUAAUAGAUGGGCUGAAAACCUCAUUGCAAAGGGGACUACAUUGGAUGCGAAAUUGGAUAAAAUUAAACGAAUUGGUAACGAUAUUCUCAACUUGAUCUAA